GAUUUUUGUUCAGGCGCAGUUUGGGAAAGCGCGCCAAACAACAGUCAGUUUGAAAUCGGAAGGACAGCGAAUGUGUUGGAAAUAACUUAAUCGCAGUCAUGUCACAGAAUGAUGUCUUUUAUGACGAUGACUUGGAAAAAUCAGGGGAAGCAUUGAUUGAGUUUAUAAAGAGCAGUAAAGCAGAGAGUGUGCUGCGAGGAGCACGAGAGAAGCUGCAGGAGUUCUUUGACCAUCACAUCAAGACCAAGAAGACCACAACUGACAUCUUAAAUGAUCUUGUGCAUGCGGAGGAGGUGGUCGGCCAGAAGCUGGUAGAUUUAGAAGGACAGAAGUCCCAGAUGAUGCAAGAGAUUGAGGAGAUCGAACAUGACCUGCAGCGAAACCUCUCCAGAAGUCAGAUCCUGGACUCAGAGCUGGAGUUUUUACAGAAAGAGCUGGAAAGACUUCGAGAUGCUGAGCAGGAGAUUCAGACACUGCAGCAGGAAGUGGAUCAGGACACAACUGAAGUCAUUCCCUCAGCCAUAUAUGUUGCCCAACUGUACUGUAAAGUUACCAAGAUAAAGCUGGAGGUCGACACAGAGCCACAUAUACUGCGAGGAGUUCACUAUGGCGGAGAUGUGGCUGUACCCAUCAACAUAGAUACAUCCACCCGUUCACCCUGCGAGGUUAGCGAUGAACUAUGGAGCCUGGUUAAUACAGAGUGGUAGACCUGGCACACACUAAAAAAUCGCCAUUGAUAUUUAAA